AGAACCUGCUAUUUCUGGCUAGCUUUUUGGCUCAUUCUUGUAACAAGGAAAAUGUGUUGGUUUCAAGACAAGACGUAGGAAUUUUGAUUAAAUUGAUUUACAUACAGAUGUAACAUAUGUGCGACAUUAUUUUGGUAUUGCUGUUGUCAAUUAUUCAGCAUCUAAGUACAAGAAUAAAUAAUUUGGGAGCAAAAGCUAAUAGAGACAGCCCUGUUCCAUGACAGAAAUAGCAGGCGACAGUGCGCUGUGUCUUCCAUCCGCUCGCGAUCCCUGGACGUGAUAGCGAAAGAUUCGCGAUCAUUGUACCUUUUAUCGAAACUGCGAAAGCUACACGAACGACGAAUUUACGAAAAUGGCCGAGAUAACGGACUUUGGGCCGAGAAAGACGAUUUUUAUUCUGGCCAUUGUGGCCGGCUGUUUUGCGGUAUUGUGGCCGAAAAUUUUCUAUCCUAUGCUCACAGCAUCUGUCACACCACAUCACACAUCUGAUAGUUCAGCUUGCUGCGAUGUAAUAUUUGAAAGCGAUGUCACUGCGGGGGAUAUUAUGCAGGAAAUAUGCCAGAACAUAUUGAAGCAUCAUCAAGUAGAUCCACGUGUAAGAGAUGUAUUGAAAAGUUUAAAACUGACAGCUCAGAGUGCUAAUUUAUGUAGAGAAGAAAUUUUAGCCAGAUGUGGUAUAGAUUUGUCCACAUUUCUCGCGGAUAGAGAACGCUUGGGAAAGACUUACAAACAAGUUUUGGAAGAAAUCAGAUCAUUUAAUAGUUCCCUUUGCCUUAAGAUGCAGUUUGGUAUACCCCUUGCUCAAUUAGGAACCCCACAUCUUAUCAGAUAUCAUAUUUUAAUGCCGCACAGCACAAUACACCAAGAACGACGAACACCUCCUCAUGCAGGAGGCUUACAUCCUGCAUUGAGAGAACGUGGAAGGGCCAUACCUUCCUCUCACAUUGUGCCAAAGGUAACAGAUAGACCUGAUCAUGUUAUACCAAAAAUGAGGCCACCCUUGGGAGGUGCAGGUCAUGUUGUUUCUGCACCAAAAGGAAAUGGUACAAUGGGAAUCAUUAUGCCCCUGUAUACUUUAGGCAUUGUACUGUUUUUCCUAUACACAAUUGUUAAGGUGUUGAAGAAAAAUUCGGAUAGUGAAAUUAUUUCAGAAUAUCCUGGAGCUGCAGCAGAAAAAGAAUUCCGAAAGAUGGUAUUCAGUCCCGAAGCCUUUGCUACUGCAAUGACUGGUGGCACGUUACAUUACCGCAAGGAAAGAUCAGAGUCACCUCACAGGCCUCCACCCACCAUAGAGGAGCUGAAGGAUCAAGCGGCAGGAGACAUAGAGAUAGAUCAACUGAGACGACGUUUGGUCGAGACGGAAGCAGCCAUGGAAAGAAUUGUUGUCCAGAUGGGCAACAUAUCACGUUCAGUUAUGCAUAGUCCAAGCUCACAACAAGAACUCAAGGACGAUAUUAUUGCCGAGGCCGAACUUAGGAAAGCAGAUGAAGAAGUAGCAAACAUAGAAAAUUCACCAACCGUAAAAGUUAUGGGUAUGGAAAUGACAGCUAGUUGCGAGGGUAAGGGUAGUAGGCCUACUACUCCAAUAAUACCCAUUCCGCCAAGCCCAGUCGAGAGGGAGAAAACACCGCCUAAACCUAUCUAUUUAGAAGGCGCAUUACCUCCACAGUGCGAAUUACUCGUAACUGAUUCAGAAACACAAGCACAAAAAGCAGAAGAAGAUGCAGAAGCACCUGUUGUACUCUCAGGCAAAAUGACCCUUUCCCUCAUCAGUUUCGACCAAAAUGCAGCUGAAUUUGAAGAAGAAAAUCAAGAAAUACGGACAGCAGAUGUAACAGUUUUGAAUGCAGACGAUACAGAUAGGGCGCCGAAAAUUGACUCCACUGCAGAAAGAGAACAGGAAGAAGUACAAGUUAACGGCGAAGCUGAAAAUGAUGUGAAUAAACAACAACAAAAGCAAGAACACGAAAUGGAAGUAGAAGACGAAGAGGAUGAAAUUGAAGAGGAAAAAGAAGAGGAAGAAGAAGAAGAUGAAGAAGAAGAUGAUGAAGAAGCUGCUGAUGUUGAAGCAAGCGAAGAAGAAGAAGAAGAAGACGAGGGAGAAGACGAAGAAGAUGAAGUAGACGAUGACGAAGAAAGAGAAGAAGAUGCGGAUGUAGAAUACGAAGAAACAGAGGAGGAAGAUGGCGAAGAUGAAGAAGAAGUAGAGGAGAAAGUGGACGAGGACGAUAAAGAGAUGGACGAAUACGAAGAAGAGACUGAAGAAGAGGAGGAAGUCGAAGUUGAGGAGGACAACGAGGAGGUAGAAGAGGAUGAAGACGAAAACGAGGAAGUGGAUGAAAGUGAGAGUGGCGAGGAAAAAGAAGACGACUAGGUGAACGAGGAGCGAGACAAAAAUAUGGAAGAAAAGGGUAAAAGAAGCUAACAAGAAAUUCAAAAAUUCGUUGAUCAACAGUUUGAAUUGGUGAAUGAUAUUAACGAAAUAAACAGCAAAGGGAAUGGAAACAAGAAAGCCACGGAUGGUUGCAAAGUCGGUGCUAAAAACAACGAAAUGAAUCGAAGUUUCAAACACUAAUGGGAAAAGUGAAGUAACAAAGGACAGGGAUAAAGUUAACGGGUUGCCUUACAGUGAGAGGACUAUUUGGAACGGGACGAACCAAAAAUGAUAAACCUAUAAUUGAUUGAAUCAGUGUUUACCAAUCUUCAAGAAUCAUGUGCCGCAAUAAGGAUGGAAUAUAAUCGAAUGUUUGAGAAAAGUAAGGACAAACAUUGAAAAUGUUGAUCAAGCACUGCCAAACACUUAAUACGUUCAUAAGACUCGGAUUUAUUGCAUGCUUGAAUUUUUGCCUGUUGUACACCCUGUAUUUCAUUGAAUCGGAAAUUUCAUCAGAGGGGCCAAGUAAGAGGCAGUGCUUUAUGUACGUGUCCAAUAGUGUCAUUGUUUACAACUAACGAGACUGUUACGGUAUUCACUCCCUAUUAAAUAUCGUGAUUGGCAAGCACUGAUCUACAUGCUUGUGCACAUACCAGUUAUUUGAGUUUAAUACUGUGCCAGUAUUUUUUAUCACGACAAAUCCCCUUGAUAACUUUUGUUGUUCAUUUUUUUUAACGUUCAACCAUAAUCAGUUUUAUAUCGCAUUCUACGCGUAGUAUUCGCGUUUUGUUUCAAUGGAAAUUUUUGUAAGACCGUAGUGUAUAGGAUCAUUUAGUCAGUAGUGUAUUGUCAUUUUCAUACCUAUGCUUGAUCAUGCAAUUCUACGAUAUAUCGAGUGCAAUUCCAAAGAGUAAUCUCUAUUAUUCUAAUGUACGAUCGUGCGACGGUUACCGUGUAAGAACAAAUGAAAUCGAAAGACAAGUAAAAACUAAACGUAAUACCUCUUCAAAGCCAAUAAAUAUAAAUAAUUUAUUUAGUUGCAUGAUAUUCCACGAAGAAAAAAUGUUAAUAAUGCAUUGUAAUGAUCACCAUUCAUUUUCUCUCGCGUAAUUAAUAUGAAACGAAAUUGUUAGUACUGUUAUAAAUUAUCUACGAAUAGAUAGAAAUGAUUGUCGAAUCAUAACGAGCAAAAAAUGCGGAAAAUUGUUAAAUUUACAAAUUAUAUAGAAAAUAUAUGUACAUUGAAAGAAAGAUAAUUUUGUAGUUGUUAUUUACAUCGUAUCGAAACAUUAACAAUUUUUAACGAGAAGUAAGUAUUUUUUGGAUUAUUUCUGUUAGACAGAGAUGCCGCAUUUUUUGUAAUUAUAAACGGGACACUGAACGUUCAUUUCGUGUAGGUUUUAAAUUAAUCCAAUCUUAUAUGUGCUAAAACAUGUCUUAUAGCUUUGAUACCACAAACGAUUCUAAUUCAGAUGCCUAUAAAUAAAAUCGAACGAUAGUUUUUAUAAAUCUGUUUUCGAACACAUUUAUUUAGAUUAUUAUUAAACUGUAAGCAUGUUAACGAUCGUAUUGUUCUUGUUACUACAUAUCUUUAUCUAUUCACUGCGAGAAUAAAUCUAUUUAGGCUUGCAUACUUUAGAGCCAUAGUCAUCUU